AUAGGACACAUUUCCACUUAGGUACGUCGACCGUCAACAUGAACUCAAAGGUAAUUCUCGUAGUCUUGGGCCUGGCUGCCCUUGUAGCAGCUGACAGCAGGGAAUCUUUCGAAUACGCUCCACGAAGGGGAUCCUCUGAGGAGUCCUACGAAUCCAGCGAGGCCCGUUACAGCUUCAACUGGGCCGUCGACCACGACCCUUCCAGCAACGAAUUCGGACACCAGGAAACCCGUGACGGAGACGACACUCAGGGAUCCUACUACGUCGAGCUCCCCGACGGUCGCCUGCAGACUGUCAAGUAUUUCGUCGACGGAGACUCAGGUUACGUAGCUGAGGUCAACUAUGAAGGAAGCGCCUCAGCUGAGUCAGGCUCCGCUGAGUCCUUCGAGAGGCCCAGAUACCGCUACGACUCCAACGAGUCCAAAUAAAGAGAAGGACUAUGGCCCGGUGUAUUUAUGAUAUUUAUUACUGAAUAAAUUCUGCAUUUA